ACACACUCAUGCUUAUACACACCCCUCUAGUAGCUCAUGCAGGAGAGACUACUUACUCCACAUGGUUGGAAGAAGAACACUGUGGAGUUAACUGGAGAGAAAGAGAGAGAGAGAGAGAGAGAGAGAGAGAGAGAGAGAGAGAGAGAGAGAGAGAGAGAGAGAGAAAAAGAGAGGGAGGGAGCGGGGGAGAGACACCGGAUCAUUGUGGAGUGUACAGCACUGUGUGAGGAGCUUAUCAGCUGGGAUUCAUUCAUACAGAGACUGAAGAAAACUCAACUUUAAUACAGUGGAGAAGAUCACUAACAAGAAUCAAGCUGAGAAGGAACUAAAUCUAAAAGAAGAUUGCAUUUUAAACUUCCAGUUGAUCCACAUCUAUGUUUGAUCUUGCCUAGGUAGAGGAUCUGCGUAAGACCAUGGAGAAUGUCAAGAGAGACACAGCACUGCGGAGAUGCCAGUGAUGCCAUUGUUCCACUUCAGAUGCUAAACCAUGGGGAACGUGGAGAGCCAGAAUGGAGAUCACGCCUUCUACGGUGAGCAGGGCCACCUGUCUCGCAAGCAGACGUCCAGGUCACUCCGGAUCACCAGCAAGCAGUCCCGUCGCUCACGGCAUGCCUCAUCCAGCAAGGCAGAGCACCGCAGCUCUGAGGCAAGUACACGUUCCAGCAGCACACCCAGCAUCCCGCAGUCUCUUGCCGAAAAUGGCCUGGAGCCAUUUGAUGGAACGGACGCUCUUGGAGAGUUCGGCGACCCUAUCUGGGUGGACAGAGUAGCCAUGAAUCUGCGGCCCAUGUCUUUUCAUGACCACCCUGGCGUGGACCCAGCCACCACGCCAGGCUCGGAGGACGGUGGUGACACGGUGGUGGGAGAUGGAGAGGACGAUGAGGGCCUCUACACAGGCGAGGAAACCUACCUGCAGAGGGUAAGUGAUGCACCUGAGGAUAGCAGCAACAGCUUCAAGAAGAAGCGCUCCAAGUCAGCAGACAUGUGGCGGGAGGACUCCCUGGAGUUCUCUCUCUCAGACCUUAGCCAAGAGAACCUGACCAGCACAGAGGAGAUCCUUCAGGAUCCAAACGGAGAGGACGGGGACUACCACAGGGGACAUGAGAGUCACUCAGGGGAGAGGGCCAACUCUUUGGAUGAACUCUGCACUCAGAAGUCCGCCACCCUCCGCAGCUCUCGGAAACCUCGCUACAAGUACGGUCGGGACAGUGAACGCUCUGCAGGUGGGGAGAUGAACGAUGAGUUGUUGUCUCCAGGAGAGGAGGACAAUGGCGGGUACGGAGCAUACACCCUACCCUGUCGGCGAUCACACUGUCUUUCGGAAGGUCCUCCUAGCCACCAGGGAGCACUGUGUUCCAGUAUGCAGGGGCGACGUGCACAGACUUCACAUGACAUCACAGCAGGCGAGGGAAGCGAGUACGGAGAUAGCGGCAUCGAUGGCGUGGCAACCGAGGUGGAGCCCCAGUCCCGGCACUGCAAGGCCAUGUCCGCCUCCUUCUCCGUCUACUCAGCUGCCAGCGGCAGUGUGUUUGCAGGCAGCGACAGCGGCAGCAGCAGUGGUGGAGGAGGUACAGAGCGCUCGGGCCGGGACCAGGGAGUUUACGAGAACUUCAGGCAGGAGCUGGAGCUGAACUCACGGCAGACGCGAGAGAGUCUGGAGGAGGCGGGGUCAGCCGUCAGCGACGAGAGGAGCAGCGGCACCAUGAGCUCCGCCUAUCAGUCGGACGCCCUGCUUAACAUGGCGCAGGGCACGGUGCGCAAGGCCGGAGCAUUGGCCGUCAAGAACUUUCUGGUGCAUAAGAAGAAUAAGAAGGUGGAGCCAGCGACCAGGCGCAAGUGGAAGCGCUACUGGGUGUCACUGAAAGGAUGCACUCUGUUCUUCUACGAGACUGAUGGGCGCUCAGGGAUUGAUCACAACAGCAUUCCUAAACAUGCGGUGUGGGCUGAGAACAGCAUCGUACAGGCUGUUCCUGAACAUCCCAAAAAGGACUUUGUGUUCUGCCUCAGUAACUCUCUGGGAGAUGCCUUCCUGUUCCAGACCUCAGGACAGACAGAGCUGGAAAACUGGAUCACGGCCAUCCACUCGGCGUGCGCCACGGCCGUGGCCCGGCAGCACCACCGCGAGGACACUGUACGAUUUCUGCGCUCGGAGAUCAAGAAGCUGGAGCAGAAGAUUGACAUGGAUGAGAAGAUGAAGAAGAUGGGAGACAUGCAGCUCUCGGCCGUCACUGAUGCCAAAAAGAGGAAGACCAUCCUGGAACAGAUCUUCCUGUGGGAGCAGAACCUGGAGCAGUUUCACAUGGAUCUGUUCCGUUUCCGUUGUUACCUCUCCAGCCUGCAGGGCGGCGAGCUUCCCAACCCCAAACGCCUGCUGGCUUUCGCCUCACGCCCCACCAAACUAGCCAUGGGUCGCCUGGGCAUCUUCUCCGUCUCGUCCUUUCAUACACUGGUUGCAGCGAGGAUGGAGAGCGGGGUCCGGAGGCGGACGCAGGCCUUGUCUCGCUCGUCCAGCAAGCGUAAGAGCCGAUUCUCAUCGCUGUGGGGUCUGGACACUACCUCAAAGAAGAAGAGCAAAGGCAGACCCAGCAUCAACCAGGUGUUUGUGGAAGGAGAGGAACCAAUGAAGAAAAGCAUGGAGCGCAUGUUUGAGGAUUCGACCAAGGAAAGCUUGAAGGAUCAGAGUCGGUCCAUAAAAAGCCUUCCUCAGCCUAACACGGACACCGAGUUAUGGCUUCCUGACUACCUCACACCGUCCUGGCUUUCUUUGCCGAACGACCAGCCAGUCCUGGCCAUCAUACAGCCAGGAGAAACCACAUAUGAAGCGUUGGAGGCUGUUUGUAAGGCCCACAACCUGGACCCUUCCAAGCAUUAUCUCCGCCUGAAGUUUCUUAUCGACAAUCAAGUGCAAUUGUAUGUCCCAAACCCUGAAGAGGAGCUCUCAGAUCUGCUCUACAAAGAGAUUGAAAUUUGUACCAAAACUACCAAAGUCGUCCAGUUUGAUAGAGACGAGUCCUGCACCAUUGGUUAUGGUUUCUCAGUAGCUGUGGUGGAUGAGGACGGUGUACAGCAGCUUCAUAUCACAGAUGUAAAAGCUGGAGGCCUGGCCUUUAAGAAAGGUCUGAGAGCAGGUGAUGAGAUCCUGCAGCUGAAUGAUAAAGACGGGAGUGUGUUGGAGCUGUCGGACAUGCAGGCCGCGUUCUCUCUGCCCUCCCUCACCCUUACAGUCAGCACCAUACCGUCGACUGAGGACUGCCAGCACUGUCCACCGCUGCCUCGCCGCUCCGAUACACCACACCACCUCUGCACAGACAUCUUCUCCCAAAACCAAGAGGAAAUCCUGGAUGAAGUGCCUGGCCUGGUGUUGGAGAGUCCAGGUGUAGAGGAAAGGUCCAGUUUAGCCAAAGAGAGUAAUGAAGAUGGCCUGGGAUACGAGUCGGACUCUGGCACUGGACACAAGAGUACGGAGCAAGUGACCGCAUUCUGUCGCAGCCUUCAUGACAUGAAUCCUGUGGAGGCCCUGCCAUCGUCCUCCUCUUCCUCCUCCUCCUCUUCCUCAUGUAUACCCAGCCCCAUCUCCCCUGUGCCCGCCCCCGCCACCCAGCGGCAGCUGUCAGACGCAGACAAACUCCGGAAGGUCAUCAGUGAGCUGGUGGACACGGAGCGCACCUACGUUAAGGAUUUGAACUGUCUAAUAGAGCGGUACCUGACGCCUCUGCAGAAGGAACACUUCCUCUCUCAGGAUGAGCUGGACGUUCUCUUUGGGAACCUGCCGGAGAUGGUGGAGUUUCAGGUGGAGUUUCUAAAGACUCUGGAAGAUGGAACUAGACUGGUUACAGAUUUAGACAAGCUCGAGAGGGUGGACCAGUUUAAGAAAGUGCUCUUUUCUCUUGGAGGCUCCUUCUUGUACUAUGCGGACCGCUUCAAAAUUUACAGCGCUUUCUGUGCCAGCCAUACAAAAGUCCCAAAGGUCCUCACCAAAGCCAAGACUGACCCAGAGUUUAAGGCGUUUCUGGCUGAAAGGAACCCCAGACAGCAGCACUCCUCCACUCUGGAGUCCUAUCUGAUCAAGCCCAUCCAGAGGGUGCUGAAAUACCCUCUGCUGCUGCGAGAGCUCUACUGCCUCACUGACCCCGACAGUGAGGAGCACUACCAUCUCAAUGUUGCUAUUAAAGCCAUGAACAAAGUGGCGAGCCACAUCAACGAGAUGCAGAAGAUCCAUGAGGAGUACGGAGCUGUGUUCGACCAGCUCAUCAGUGAACAGAGCGCAGACAAGAAAGAGGUGGCUGAUUUGUCUAUGGGUGACUUAUUACUCCACGCUACUGUGGCCUGGAUCAACCCCCCAUCAUCUCUGAUGAAGGGAAAGAAAGACCCCGAGCUCGCUGCCUUCGUUUUCAGGACAGCCGUCGUUUUUGUGUACAAAGAUUGCUCCAAGCAGAAGAAAAAAAUCGGAACUUCUCACAGGGCUUCAGUAUCUGAUGAGCGAGACCCGUUUCGGUUUAGAUACAUGAUCUCCACAGAUGCUCUUCAGGUCCGCACCCCCACCAACUCAGAGGGAACAGCAGUGUGUGAGAUUGUUCAUGUAAGAUCAGAAUCUGAGGGGAGACCAGAGAGGACCUUUCAUAUCUGCUGCAGUUCUCAUGACAGUAAGAAGGACUUCCUGAAGACAGUGCACUCAGUCCUGAGGGAUAAACAGCGUCGACAGUUGAUGAAGACAGAGAGUUUACCUCUGAAUCAGCAGUACAUUCCUUUUGGAGGGAAACGCCUGUGUGCACUGAAAGGAGUUCGGCCCACAAUGAGCAGAGCAGUUUCAGAUCCACCUCGAGCUCUCGGCCGCAGGAAGCUGAUCCGCAACCGCUUCACCAUCGACACAGACAUAGUCUUCGACAACGGCUCCAGCCAGGACCUGCCCUCCUCUGCAGACUCCCCACCACCUCAAAGCCAGCCUACACCUCCUCAGAACACUCGCGACACCGACCGCUGGGUGGAGGAGCAGUUUGACCUGCGGCUGUACGACAGACAGACGGACGUGAAGGAGACGGACAUUCUCAGCGAUGACGACGAGUACUGCGAGUCGGUGAAGGGUUCUUUAACCGAGCCGAGUCUGGAAGAGUCGUUCGAGGCUCUUAUUGCAGAAGCGGAGGAGGACGGGAACGGGGAGGUAGCGCAGGAGGAAGUGGAGGAGGGUGUAAAGGAGGAAAUCGGUGGUCUGAAUCAGAGCUCUGAGGACAAGCUGGCUCUCAAGCUGCCUGAGAAGUCUCACGGCCCGCUGAGGCUGACCCCGCUGAGGAAGCAGUGCGCUGUGGAGGGCGCCGCUGCCGAGAGGGAGAGGGAGGUCAUCUGGGUCCGCAGAGAUGACUUCAACAGCGGCUGCAACAGUGACAUCUUCUGAGCUAGUGGAGCAACGGAGCAUGAGCGAGGCCAUGGGAAGGCUUUGUUUAUUUAUGGAGCUGUGGAAUGCUGGACUUUUGGCCAGUUUUUCUUGCCACGGAUUAAGCUUUACCCUUGGAUGGAAUCCAAUAUCAGUGGAAUUGCUGGUGUAAAUAAAUAUGAAACCAUGACCACGGUCAUCUGUGAUCUGUGUCCAUAAUUUUUAUGGAUGGCUGAUGGCUGAUAAAAGAGAGGAAUCAGAGGUACUGUGCCGAGUGCAGACACUACUACUUCCAAACUGGGGAAGCCAGGCAUGUCUGGAAUCUGCUGGACUGUGAAAAUGGACAUCAUUUCACCUGCUAAGUACUUAGAACUUCAGGUAAAGCUUUGAGCUUUAAAAAAAACAAAAUAAAGACACUGGUUGCCGCCAAUUUGACAAACGGGUCAAAAAACAAAUUGGAUUUUUUGGAAUUUUUUUUUUGGCCAUACAAUUCAUGAUCUGUGCUCCCCUACUUGCAGACAAUCCUACAGAACAAGCUUCAACAACUUAAUAAUUUAACUUAUUAACCAGUACAUGGAUGGAGCCCUACAAAAAAACAUGGAAUGGACUCAUGCAGUGGAGACAUGCAGUUACAGCACCUCGUCCCAUGGAUUGUUCAUGACUUCAUCAUUAAGAUUUUAAGAGUUUACGCUUACCUACUGUACAAUCAUGCAUCACGUUGUCUGUAGAUCCUCCACACACUGAUAUGGUGCAAAGCACGCAGUCGUGACUUGUUGGCAGCUACUCUUUCACGCUUUCACUGAACGUUGUUUUGUUGCCAAAACAAUACUAUUUUUGCAAAACUGCGUGGAUUGUUUUUCUUUUUUUUUUUUUUUUGCAUUCUUUUACUUCUUUUUUUUUUUUUAACUGCUGCUCACUUCUGCUUUCUGCUGUUCUAAAGGGCUGUGUGUUCUGCCAUGAUGGUCCACAGGCUAAAGUGGCUAAAGACUGAAAACAAAUCAGCGAACACAACAAGCCUUAUCUUAUAUGCCUGAUGGCGAAGCGCAGACCUCUUCGUCCAGAGCACAAAAUCACAUUGUUUCAUAUUGUUCAGUGGAAAGUCACACUCUCUGUAUGUUUACAGGCUUGUUAAGCAUGUCCCCAAAAUACUUUUAUUCCUUUUAUUCCUUUUAUUCAUUUCCUUUCUUUCCUUUCUUUCCAUUCUUGCUGUUCCUCAUUGACUUUACUCAGCUGUUUACCCAACAGUCCAGUAUUACCCGCCCUGAUCACUGAAGGGAUGUUUUGAACUAUUAUAACUAUUAUCCUGCUGUACUUGAAUUUCAUGUCGAGGUUGAGCUUGAGGUUAUAGAGACAGUGUAAAUAACGCCCUGACUGUUCAGCCCUGUCCACUGCAAUAAUGUGAGUACUGUUCUGCUUCCAGGUACACGGCUCAUCACGACCCACAACCCCACCCACCCCAUCUCCCUCCCUUUUUUAUCUGGUGUACUACUGAGAAAAGAAUCGCCACUCGACUCAGUCAACGUGGGCAGACACACUUACACAUGUAUGAUAUGACCUCACUGAUUAGUGCAUCGUCAUAUGGACACACAAAUAUAUGCUAUGAAAUCACUGCAUUGAUCAGUGCACUGAUCUGUCAUAUUCGUCAUAUUUGUAAGGAACUGCGCUUAGCUGUGCCACACUAAGUGUCAGUUAGUGUCUGUAAAGCCAAUUUAAUCACCAAUAUGUGAAAUCAAAGAUGAGUUGGAUGAGUUCGGACCUUUUAUGACCUUUUCUACGCCCUUUGUUUCGAUCCAGGUGGAAAAAAAAAAACAUUUUACAGAAAGAGAAAGAAAGUAUAUUUUUAACACGGACUUGGAGGGAAAAUCCUCCCGUUGUGAAAUGCAAUCACUUACUGUACCUGUAGUUCUACAACUUUUUUGGCUUAGAGAGAUGUGCUGUUUAAAGACGUGUAAAGAUUCCUUAACUUUUGCCCUUUGCAUUUUUGAAACUGUGUAUGUUCAUAAAUUUGUGGACUAUUAUUAUUGUUCUCCUAAAAUAAAUGUUCCUUAUUUAUA